CGCCAGCCUCUGCGCCAAGCAGCGUAGAGCCGAGGCCCCUCUUCUUCUUCAUUGCCGAGGCUGACUUCAGGGGUUUAUAUUUAGCCCAUUGUGUCCAAAGGGAGACUGCAGCGCUCGCAGAACAGACCCGCCGCGCGAGCCCAGGGAAGGGGGGAGAAGGCGGGCGCCUAGGUGACAGAGACGGACGAGCCAGGUGGCGCUGCUUGCCGACUGCGCAGCGGCGGGGCGACGCGGGGAGGCGGCUGCAGGCGGGAGCCCCUCCAGGCUGCGGGCAGGGAGGCGCUGAAGGUGCCGGCGAGGCAGCGCCAAGGAGCAGCAGGCAGCGGGGAGGAAGGGAGCCGAGCCGAGCAGCCACCCACCGCGGCGGCGGCGGCAGCAUCAGUAGCCGCCUGGGUCGGUGCCCUGGGAAAAGAUGGUCGCUGCUCACACUUCCCAUUCUUCCUCCUCCAGCGAGUGGAUCGCUUGCCUGGAUAAAAGGCCUUUGGAGCGCUCUGGUGAAGAUGUGGAUAUUAUAUUCACCCGGCUGAAAGAAGUGAAAGCUUUUGAGAAGUUUCAUCCAAAUCUUCUGCAGCAAAUAUGUCUCUGUGGCUAUUACGAAAAUCUGGAAAAGGGAAUUACAUUAUUUCGCCAAGGUGAUAUUGGAACAAAUUGGUAUGCCGUGCUGACGGGAUCUUUGGAUGUUAAAGUUUCUGAUACGAGCAACCAUCAGGAUGCUGUGACAAUAUGCACAUUGGGAAUAGGAACAGCUUUCGGAGAGUCAAUUUUGGAUAACACCCCUCGCCAUGCCACUAUUGUUACAAGGGAGAACAGCGAGCUGCUGCGGAUUGAACAGAAGGAUUUCAAGGCACUUUGGGAGAAAUACCGACAGUACAUGUCAGGACUUCUGGCUCCUCCUUAUGGUGUUAUGGAAACUGGCUCCAACAAUGACAGAAUGCCCGACAAGGAUAACAUGUCAAGUAGUAGUCUGUGCUCAAUCUCUAAAAACUGCAAUAAGACUCCUUUCAUUGAUCAUCACAUCCCAGUCCGUCCAGCUACAGCCAAUGUAGAGGUUCCAUCAGAAAGAAUUCUUCAAGCUGGGAAAGUAUUACGGAACGCCAUCCUCUCCCGAGCCCCUCACAUGAUAAGAGACCGUAAAUAUCACCUGAAGACGUACAGACAGUGCUGUGUAGGAACAGAACUGGUAGACUGGAUAAUGCAGCAGAGUUCGUGCGUUCAUUUACGGACGCAGGCGGUUGGCAUGUGGCAAGUAUUGUUGGAAGAAGGUGUUCUCAAUCACGUGGAUCAAGAACAAAACUUCCAGGACAAAUACUUGUUUUAUCGGUUUUUGGACGAUGAGCAUGAAGAUGCCCCGAUGCCAACUGAGGAAGAGAAGAAAGAAUGCGAUGAAGAACUGCAAGACACCAUGCUUCUCCUCUCGCAGAUUGGACCAGACGCCCAUAUGAGGAUGAUCCUCAGAAAGCCGCCUGGCCAGAGAACUGCUGAUGACCUAGAAAUUAUAUAUGAAGAACUUCUGCACAUUAAAGCUUUGUCUCAUCUUUCAACAACAGUAAAGCGGGAGCUAGCAGGUGUUCUAGUGUUUGAGUCACAUCCCAAAGCAGGAACCGUCUUAUUUAAUCAGGGAGAAGAAGGAACUUCUUGGUACAUUAUUCUGAAAGGAUCAGUCAAUGUAGUCAUUUAUGGCAAGGGCGUGGUAUGUACCCUACACGAAGGCGAUGAUUUUGGCAAGCUAGCAUUAGUGAACGAUGCUCCUAGAGCUGCUUCCAUUGUUCUGCGAGAAGAUAACUGCCACUUCUUGAGAGUCGACAAGGAAGACUUUAAUAGGAUACUGCGGGAUGUCGAAGCAAACACAGUCAGGCUUAAGGAACAUGACCAAGAUGUCUUGGUACUCGAGAAGAUCCCAGCAGGAAACAGGGCUCCUAAUCAAGGAAACUCACAGCCUCCUCAGCACAAGUAUAUCGUGAUGUCAGGAACGCCCGAGAAAAUUCUAGAACACUUCCUCGAAACAAUGCGUCUCGAAUCAGCAUUAAGCGAAGGAACAGAUGCUGGUGUACUUGAUUUUGUUAUGAUGCAUUGCAUAUUCAUGCCAAAUAAUCAGCUUUGUCCGGCUUUGAUGGCUCAUUACCACGCUCAGCCUUCGCAGGGUACGGAGCAAGAAAAAAUGGAUUAUGCCCUAAACAACAAACGGCGAGUCAUUCGCUUAGUGCUGCAAUGGGCUGCUUUGUAUGGAGAUGUCCUGCAAGAGGACGAAGCGGCAAUGGCCUUUCUGGAGGAGUUUUAUGUAUGUGUAUCAGAUGAUACAAGGAUGAUUACAGCCCUCAAAGAGCAACUACCAGAGCUAGAGAAGACUAUGAAACAAAUAUCAGAAGAAGCUAAAGCACCACAGAAAAAGCACAAAGUUCUCUUGCAGCACUUCAACACGAGUGACGAAAGAACGCAAAAACGACAGCCCAUAAGGGGAAGCGAUGAACUUUUGUUCAAGGUGUACUGCAUCGACCAAACCUACACGACAAUCCGCAUUCCAGUGUUGUCUUCCGUAAAAGAAGUUAUCAGUGCUGUAGCUGACAAGCUGGGCUCUGGAGACGGCUUGAUAUUAGUAAAGAUGAGCUCGGGAGGAGAAAAGGUGGUGCUAAAACCCAACGAUGUUUCGGUGUUUACAACGCUCAGUGUUAACGGACGCCUCUUUGCUUGCCCUCGAGACCAGUUUGACUCACUGGUUCCACUGCAGGAACAAGAAGGCCCAUCGACUGGGACUGUGGGAAUGUUUGAACUCAUGAGCUCCAAAGACUUAGCGUAUCAAAUGACCAUUUAUGAGUGGGAGCUUUUCAACUGCGUGCAUGAGUUGGAACUGGUCUACCACACAUUUGGGAGACACAAUUUUAAGAAGACCACAGCAAAUUUGGAUUUGUUUUUGCGAAGGUUCAAUGAACUCCAGUUCUGGGUAGUCACAGAGAUUUGUCUUUGUUCCCAACUCAGCAAACGUGUCCAGCUCUUAAAGAAGUUCAUCAAGAUUGCAGCCCAUUGCAAGGAAUACAAAAACUUGAAUUCCUUUUUCGCUUUGAUCAUGGGACUGAGCAACGUCGCGGUAAGCCGCCUCACAAUGACAUGGGAGAAACUUCCGAGCAAGUUCAAGAAGAUCUAUGCAGAGUUUGAAAGCUUAAUGGAUCCAUCAAGAAAUCACAGGGCCUACAGACUGACGGUAGCUAAACUUCAACCUCCCGUUAUUCCAUUCAUGCCUUUACUCAUAAAAGACAUGACAUUUAUCCAUGAAGGGAACAAGACCUUCAUCGACAAUCUAGUGAACUUUGAAAAAAUGCGUAUGAUUUCAAAAACCGUUAGGACAGUGAAAUUCUGCCGGAGCCAGCCUUUCAAUCCCGACGCAUCUCUGGUGAAUAAGAACCAUCAGGAUGUCCGGAGUUACGUUCGGCAAUUAAGUGUGAUUGACAACCAGAGGACUUUAUCACAGAUGUCGCACCGGCUAGAACCACGACGUGCUUAAAACCUUUCAAGUGAUUACACCUUCCCCUUUCCCUCCGGUACAAGGUCAUUUGUUCGACUUUCUGUGCUACUGCACUGCCACUGCAAAAAUAAGCAACAACAGAUUCUAACAUCUUAGGUAAUUAACGCACAAUGGUACCUGCCUUCCCUGAGAAAUAGCAGAGGCUGUUUGAAGAGGUCGUGAGCUGUAGCUGGGAGAUUACUGGUGUUAUAUAUACUUCUGGUUCGUUUUGAAACACACGAAACGUCUUGUAUAUAAAAUAAAUCUUUAUUUAAGAAAUUAAAAAGGAGGAGAGAAAAAGAGGACACCCAAAGCAAAAUGGUAUAACAGCUGGUGAAAAGUUGAACCUAUAACCUCUGCCGUUUCCAGUGAAUGUAUAGGUGGGUUCUCUUAUCUAAUAAAAGAAAUAGCAGUAUUUUCUAAUACAUUAUCAAACUGAAGGCCAACUUCUGCCCUUGGUUUUGCAUGUUUGGCUCUCAAGAGCUUCAGUAGCAAAAGAAAAAUUAAAAAUAAAAUACCUAAUGGCAGAAAACAAGGUACAGUUACGAAUUGCCAUGGCUUUAGUAUUCAGAGAAUAGUCAAAAAAAGCCUUUCCCUGUAAGAGAAUUAUAUUUUUUAAGUCAGCUCUUAACCACAUUUGCCUUACUACAGUAGAGCAUUGUGGCCACUUAAGUUAACCUGAGCAUUGACUGGGCCUCUAAUACUUAGGUACAUAUUUGUUUACAUUUCAUUUCCUUUGGGAUUUUUCUUUAAACUGCCAAUCAGGAUUUUACAAAAUGCCAGGAAAAAAGUAAUGAUAGUUUGGAGGAGGGGGGGGAGCAUUAAAAACUUGCAAAAAACAACAACAACCCACAACACUUCUUCAGAAAGAGCACAAUAUGCACAACAUAUUUUCAAAAUAAUAAUGUUUCUUUUUUCCUGGGCACUGAAACCUUCAACAAUCAGCUACACCUUUGGGCUGAUUAGGUUUGUCUUUUCUGGAUUUUAAACUUUACAAAAUAUCCUCCGAUUUUCAGGAACCGUUUUGCACUUUUAAGUAGGCAGUAUACAGAAACGUCAGUUCAUUGUGAGGAUUAUUUAUUUCUUUACGUGUUCGUUGUUGCGCCACAACAAAUUACUUUAAUCUUGUUUUAUUCAGCAUGUAAUUGAAGUACAAUUUGGUCUUUGUACUGUACACGCUCUACAUUUCAUGGCUACGAGGAGUGUGUGGUAUGUUUUAUGUAAAUAAAAUGCACUGUCUUCAUUAAACGUAACUGCCGAUGAAA